CUUUUUGUAAUCUUGUUUCAGUGACGUUUCAUCUUCCAAGCUAACCGCUGCGCUCGCCGUUCUCCAAGCAACCGUCCUCAUCCCAAAUACUCCAUGGAGAUGGAGGGAUCCACGAUGCCAGGGUUAUCGAGGCCAUCAAGUGAUGAUUCAUCACCAUCUAUUUGUUACGACAUCGUUUUCCAUAUGCCUAUUGGAGCUGUGGGGGGGGAGGCGGUUCAUUCGAGGUGGUAUAAGAUUACUGUUCAUGCGGGCGGUUCUCAGGAGGUCGACGGUGAGAAGCUGCAGAUGAUCAGUCCAUUUUGGAAAGGAAAUCAUCACCAGGACUACAGUUUUGCAACCCUAGGCUCGGAUUUGUACUGUGUUGGUGGUCAUCGCUGCUAUCGUUCUGUUGCUGAGUACGAUUCUGAUUCGCCUCUACCGUUUGUUCGCAAUGUCUAUAAGUUAGACAUUAACCAUCCUGAUAAUAAUUGGGUUCCUGUUCCUAAAAUGAUUUGUCCCAGACUCCAACCCCACACCUUCGUCAUUGGGGGUAAUAAGCUGUUUGUGUGGGAUGGUCACUAUUGUUGUUUUCCACCUGUCCGCUUGGAAGAUAAUGCCUUUGACGAUGAGGUAUUUAACGAUCCCAUUAUUAAUUAUAGCUCAUCGGAUGAUGAGCUAUUUGACGGUUUCGUUAUGGAUUAUACUUUUCCAACUACGAUCCCGGAUGCUGAGGUAUUUGACCCGAUUCUUAAUGAAUGGGAAGUGUUGCCUGAUCCUCCCGGUAGAAUGCCAUACGACGGCUUUAUUAUUGCAGCUCUUGAGAAUCCAGACAGGAUUCUUGUUGCUUCAUCAUGUUUUCCGGGGGAUAGUGAUCAUAGAUGGGCUGAUUUCUAUACAUAUGACGUGGGGGAUGGUUGUUGGCGAGAGCUUGAGCGUCAUCAGCGCAAGUUACACCGUCAUUGUCCUCUAGGAUGGUGUGGAAAGCCUUUAACGGUAGCCAAUACUUUAUACUGGCUUCUACAUAAUGCUCGCUUGCUUGCCUACGAUCUAGAGUUGGAUGUGUGGUUCUUAGGCAAUCUGAGUGUUCUGGGAAAUUCGUUUUUUAAUGAAGAUGACCCCUCGUUUAUUCCUAGUUUUGUCCAUUUAGACAACCACAGGUUUUGCUUUUUACAACGUGCGUCUGAUUCUUGUCUUCACUGCAGCAUAGUUGAUGUCUCUCGUAAGCUCAAGGAGAGGAGGUUGGAUAUAACGGUUGUUUGCCUCCUUGAAUAUAAGAUGGACCACGCCACUCGCAUAUCGGAUUGCCUUUUACUGGGUAAGCAAAGCAGAAAUGAAGUGCAAAUUAGAGAAGAAGCCAAGCAAGAAUGAAGUACGAGGAGUAAGGAGAUUUAUGAUUGUAGGUUGCUUUCUUAAUCUACUAUAGUCUAGGGUUAGGUAUUCUCUAUUCCAUUCUUAUGCAAGCAUUUUAUUGAGAAGGUCAUGACAUUGUCCAAUGCUCCCGUCGGAAUAUGUUUUAUUUUUUUCCCCCUGCAUGAGAACUAUUUUUCACCCAUGUUUGAUUAAAAGUUAUAUGUUGAGACUCCAUAUAGAAAAUAUUAUCUACAGUAAAAAUUAUUAUCCUGUUUGAAUAAUUAAUGUAAAUAUCCCUACU